AUGGGGGCCGAAACCCAGCGCGGAGCCCUCUUCGGGCGUCUGCGCGGCUCAAACCCCCGGGAGACGCAUUUCACCAUGGCCCUCAACUCCUUGGGCCGAAGUUCCUUGUGGCCUUUAGCCAUUUCUCUGCUCCCAGAGAUGCGGUUCCGGGACUUGAAACCAAACACCAUCACAUACAAUGCUGCCGUGGAUGCCUGUCGCAAAGGCCACGCCUGGGAAUGCGCCCUGGAACUCUUCCAGGAUAUGGAAGAAGCGGCGGCACGUGCAGAUCUGGUGACCUAUAGCACCGUGAUGAGCGCCUGUGAGAAGGUCUCCAACUGGUCGCAGUCCCUGCACUUCUUCACGCGCCUUGCGUCGGACGCGUCGGACGCGUCGCGUUCGCCCGAUAAGGCCUGCGUCAGCGGCGCGGUGACGGCCUGCAGCCGAGCGGCACUGUGGGAGUUGGCCACCAGUUUCGUGGAGGACAUGCGAAAUAGGCAACAGACGCCUGACCUCCACUGUCACAAUGGUUUGAUCACGGCCAUGGGCAAUGCCAAGCGAUGGCAAGAGGCCCUGAAUUACUUCGCGCAGCUCCCUUCUUCGGAUGUGAUCAGUUACAAUAGCACCAUCGAUGCCUUGAGCGAAAGCCACCAGUGGCAGAAGGCGCUGGAGAUGUUCGAAAUCUUGAAAGAACGAUCUGGGCCGCCCGGGCCUGGUUCGCUGUCACCCAACACCAUCAGCUUCAACAGUGCCAUCCACGCAUGCUGGGUGGACUUGAAGGAGGAUCGCUCAGAGCUGGUGAGCCAGUUGCAGGCUGAAAUGAGAUCCCGGCGUCUUGCUCCUGGAGUCGACACCUUCUGCUCAUUGAUCUCGGCACAGUCUGUGGGAAGUCACUGGCAGCGCGUGCUUUCCUACCUGGAGGAGAUGCGAGAAUAUGAUCUUGAGCCCACUGGUGAGAUUCUUCACAACUCCAUGGCGCUGAUGUGGCACCCUGAUGCGAAACAACAUGCCUUGCAGCUCUACAAACAGGCUGAAGACUUGCAGCUGCGGCGGCAGUGGCGCCGGCCCAAGAAGCCAUCGGCGAUUCGGACGCCCCAUGCCAGUGUGGAGCAAAAACGGGCCGCAAACCGCGGCAGGGGCAAUGCAGGCAAACGGCCCCAGAAUUUGCCGGGUGUGAGUCGUCAGCGGCUCCAGGAGCUGGAGAUGGAGAUGUCCAAAGCAGGCAUGCCGAAGGACUUGGGAGAGGAACUCUACAAGCCACGCCUGAGACCAUGUGCCUGUGGCUGUGGCGAACUGCUUCUAGGGGAGUGGAGCUGCGAGGGCGAGGUGACGCCCUCCCGGCAGGAGGACCACAGCCGUAACGCAAGAAGUCCCGUGGCAGCCGUCGCGUCGAGAUGUCAGGUGAGCCAUGCGGAACAGAAGGCCUCCAUGGAACGCUUGUCCCAGCGGAAGAUGCUCUUGGCCCCACCGGUGGACGUUGCUUUGGUUCCGAGCCCGAAGCGCAAGAUUGACCGACAGAGGUUGGCGCUCAUCGCUUUGCCACGCGAGCUGCCGCCGCCGCCCAAGCCCUGCACGCUGCCGCCCAAGGCGCGGCCGGCGCCGCCGCGGCCGCAGCUCAGUGCUUCGGAGCCCGCCCUGCACCCUGGUGCUGCGGCAUUCUUGGCGCCGCCGCGGCGAAAAGUGGUGAAGCUAAGUCCCAAGAAGGUGCAAUUGCCUGGACUUGGACCAUUGCUCUUCAAAGCUUCCCUGGUGGAAGACGCUCGAGCGGCCAGUCCAGAUGCAGACAAGGACCUUUGGGUGCGACGUCACCGGACACGACGAAGUUCAGCACAGCGCAGCUACGUGGAGGCUCAUCUCUACCCGAAGCCGUCUGCAAAGAGUGGAUCACUGGAAGAUUUAGAGCAAAGGCUCCAAAAGGCGCGACAAGAACGGAUGGCUUUGGAGAAACAGCUGGCAGGUUAA